AGCCGUUCAAUCUGUGUUCAGCGUUGUUCGGUGAAGGAGCUUGACGGUGCAUCGUCUUUGAAGAAUGGCAUCCGAAGGGAUCAUCCGUAGUGUGUAUGCAAUCGGGUUUCUGCUGCUGCUAAUAUUCUCGAAGAGCGAUGGACGGGAGUUCCGGUGCUAUUCGCGGCUCACCGACUGCCAGCUCAGUGAGGUGGUGCUGGAGACGGAAUCGGCCAUAGCCGAUGCUCGCUUCACUGCUAUACCACGCUCACUGACGAUAGAGACCGGGCGAAUACCAUUCGUCACCGAGUCGCUUUUCAAUAAGUGGAAAGAAGCAAACGACAUUACCCUGAAUGCGCUCAGCAUCAGGAGUUUGUACCUUCACGCAGGGCUAAUGCAUGUAACGGCAAAGCACAACGCCAUCGACACGCUACUGCUCGAUAGCAACACCACCGAGUACGGUCUCCGGACGCUCCAGCUCUCCCACAACGCACUCACCGAGCUACCGUCGUCGCUCGAUCGUUUGGUGCAGCUGCGUGUCCUCGAGCUGGAUCACAACAAACUCUCGACGGUCGACAUGACGGUGCUUGGCAAAUUGGCCGAGCUGCGGAUACUAUCGCUGGCUCACAAUCAGCUGACGGUACUGGCUCCGGAGCACGCCACCCUUCGAUUGAUGAAGCUCCGCACACUGUCGCUGGCCGCCAAUCAGCUCGUUACCCUCGAUGUGCAAUCGUGGGAAAUGGACUCGCUGGUUGAGCUGAACCUUACCGCAAACAACCUGAACUGGCUCGACGGUCAGCUCAGUCAGUUUCCGGUGCUUAAGAAGGUUGAGCUGGCGCGAAAUCAUUGGAGUUGUGAUUGGUUCGUGGUGCAGCAUCUGUACCCAGAGCCGAACCUGGAAUCGCUCCCGUUCACACUCGAUGCCGAUGAGCCCGGACAGUGUGAGCAUGGCGGUAUGAUGCGGAUCGGGCAGCACUGUUGUGCCACCACGAAACUCCCCGGUGGUUCGAUCGAUCCGUACGAAGACAAGUGGUCCGAGAUUGGGGAGCUGGAGCGAAAGAUCCAAAAGCUGAACCGUACCAUGCACGAGGGUUCCACCGAAAGGAAGAAGCUACUGGAGAGCAAAUACACCGAUUUGUCCCAACGGUUGGCGCAGCUACUCGAGAAGCACCGUGCAGUCGAUGAAACACUGCAAAGGCUGGAAACAAAAGUCAAUACCAUCAGCGACGAUGAACUGGCCACGCUGGAACGUGAACUGAACGGAAAGAUGGACGCGAUCCGGCUCAGUGUCGAAGAGAAGUGGAACAAUACGUUGCUGAAUCGCACCGAAGAUGGCACGAGAUCGGCCGGCAAUUGGACCCUGCAGGCCACGACCGAGCUCGAGAGAAACAUCAGUAGUCUUCGGUCGCAGCUGGAAUCGAGCAUGCGUCAAUUUAAUCUCUAUAACGAGAAAGCGUACAGACAGAAGGCUAUGCUCGAUCGGCAAUCAGCGGAUAUCGAUGCUGUGCAGGGAAAGGUGGCGAACGUGUUGCAGCGUCACAACGCCCUUCAAGACCGCAUCAAACAGGAACUGGAGCCGAAGGUCGACGUUGUGCUUGGCUUCCUCGGUGAUAUCGCGGAAGACAGUGAUGAAGCAAAGUAUCCUUCGCCUUGAACUUUAUUGAGACUCAUGCUUCUCGAGCUUCUUAAGCACGAAAAAAUAUAUAAAGAUCUAGACAGUA